AUGGCAUCCGAAAUGAAAACAUGUUUUGUUGAGCGCAAGGAUGCGAUUCAGGUCCAUGAUCACUGUCCUGAGCGUCCCUAUGUUGAGUUGGAAGUGCCUCAAGAUGCGAAGAGGGUUCACGCUGUGACUUUCGCAGGAACCUCUCGCGAUCAAGGUUGGGCGGACAGAUCAGAAGCUGUAUCGUACACAUGGUGGGACGCUUCAGUAAAACGCCCAGAAGGCCGCGGAGAUCUACGAACAAUCACUGUACUCAACAACCGCCUGGCAAAUGAUGAACCCCAGAACUGGUCUGACAGGUGGACUGUUUUCCACGGACCUAGACGAAGACUAUGGAUUGAGGCACUUCGACCAGGCGAUGUGAUUCAGUUGAUUCCUCGAGCUAUGUACAUGGCUUGGGUGAACGUCAUCGACGAGGGAAGCAUCAAGAUUGAAUACGAACCUAAGGAGUUGGAAGAAGAACUUCAGGCUCUGCAACUUACCUCAAAUACGUCGCAUUAUUCUGGGACGCUGAGUGUCGAAAGACAGGAUAUUCGACUCCUUCAUGUUGAUACAGGAACUUUUGACGAUCCGAUCAAAUGUUCUUUUCGCUUGGCAAGCUUGAAGGAAGUCGAGGCAAAAGGGAUUGAUUUCCACGCCUUGUCGUAUUGCUGGGGAGACCCGACUGAGCGAGAGGAUAUUUUCUUAUCCAAAGAGGGUGACUUUGAUAAUGGAACGGAAGCGCUGCCUUUUAGUAUUGGAAAAUCUGCUGCUCAAGCACUUCGGCGAUUGAGACUAGAGAGUGAAAUUCUGGUUAUAUGGAUCGACGCCGUGUGCAUUAACCAAGAUGAUCUCGAAGAGAGAGCCCAGCAGGUCACGCUCAUGAGUCAGAUAUAUUCAUUAGCCUCAGUCGUUCACAUCUGGUUGGGAGAGGAUAACCACGGCGUCGAGGCUUGCUUGAAGCUUAUCCGAGAUAUCUGCAACUCAAACUCCAGACAAUGCCAAGGUGGUGAGCAAUGUUUUUGCGUUGGAACAGCCCACUCAACUCCUCUUGAAGAGAUUCUAGCUUAUGAGCAGAGCAAAAAGGAUGAGAGAAAAGCCAUCUCAUUCAAGGGGAUGUUGGAAGUCUUCGAUAUUCACUUGAAAAACUGGACAAGAGAGAUCAUCGAUCUUGCUGGCUGGUAUGGAAACACGCAGCUAUCGUUCCUCAUGAGCACUCUCUACGAAAACCCAUGGUUCACCCGAGUCUGGGUUAUCCAAGAAGCUCUAUCAGCAAAACAACCCUUCAUCCACUGUUCAGGAGAGCAAGUCCCGUGGGAAGAAGUAGUACAAGUCAGCAACUGGCUUGAGAACCCUGGAUAUUCCAGCCAAAACCCCCAUAUUGUCUCACAGCAGAUUUCCAUGGCUGCUAUUUGGAAGACUUUGAAACCCAAAGGCAGAACUACGGAGAUCCCGACUACUCCAAUCGAAGCACAGGAUACAAAUGAGUUGUCUAGUAUCUUAGAAGUCUUUCUUUCCGGUCUGGAUCUCAAGGCAACUGAUCCUCGGGAUAAAUUGUUUGCUUUACUCACUUUUGCGAAUGAGACGCAUGAUACUACGAAAUUGGAUGAUUUGAUUCGACCCAACUACGACAAGUCCAAGGAGAGAGUGUUUGCUGACUUUACCCGCUGGUGGAUACGGGAACAUAACUCGGUGGCUAUUUUAUCGUCUAUUCAUUGUCAACCAUCACGUACAUGGGUAAAGAUCAUGGGCCCCGAAGCCCAAAAUCCAGUGACGGACCGACCAACUUGGUCCGUUGACAGCAAAGGAAGCUCAAGACGGAUUCAAGCCAAUUUGAACGCCCGCUUCAAAUUCAAAGCAGCAGGCGAUACGAAGCCGAAUCUUGGACUCCUCAAGACAGACGAUCCUCUCGUUCUUAAACUUUCCGGUCUGCACAUCACUGAGAUCAGGAGUAUCAGCCACGCACCCAUCGAGUACAUAUAUCCUUACCAAAAGCCUGUCGAAGAGCAAAGCGAACUAUCCCAAGUCUUUGAUAAAAUCUUCGAUCCCUGUGCUCUAUCACCAUUCUGGUCCAGAAACCUGACUGUAGAUGGUUUCAGAACGGAAAGCAACGAGACAUGCAACAUGAAAUAUCUAGAUCACAUGCGCUCUCACUGGAACUACGGUUCGCGGGAACCACUCGAAGUGCUGAAGCCAAGCGCCGGUAAAGAGUUGGAGCACUACAAGACGAAUAAGCUUCCGGCAUACUCUGGUUCUGGGAUGUAG